AUGGAGUCUGUCAGCCAUAUGCCUACAAUUUUAGGUUGCUUUCUCGGAAUAAUAUGUCUCCACUUCAUCUAUAGCCGGCUUUCCAACCCGCUUUCGCGGAUUCCUGGCCCUUCGAUUGCUAAAUGGACCGAUCUUGUCUACCUUUACUAUUGGUUCGCCGGCAAAGUCCCCCACUAUGUCCAUGAUCUGCAUGAGAAAUACGGUCCAAUUGUUCGAACCGGUCUCAACAAAGUCGAUGUUUGCGACAUCUAUGCGGUGAAAGAGAUCCACAAAACUAACUCGCGUUUCCUUAAGUCCGCAUGGUAUCGCACACUCUUACCCAACGGCCUGGAAAACGUGUUCUCGACCACCGACCCGCAUUUUCAUUCUACUCGCCGUCGUCUGCUAGCAUCGCCCAUUUCGGACUCGUCGCUUCACCAGCAUGAAGGCCUGAUUGAAGGCAGGGUACACCUGGCUAUUUCAAGAAUGGCUGAAGAGGUACAGUCUCGAGGGGUUGUCGAUGUAUUCAAGUGGUGGCUCUUCAUGGCAACCGACAUCAUCGGUGAACUGAGCUUUGGGGAGUCGUUCCGCAUGCUUGAGAUUGGCGAAAAAACUCAAUAUUCUUUGGAUCUGGAGCGGAUCUCAACCCUCCAACCGAUUCGAACAACAUUCCCGACCCUUGUCAAUCUUGGAAAAUAUCUCCCCUUGCCUGUCUUCAAGCGCACUAUAGCCUGUGGAAAGCGAAUGGUCAUGUACUCAAGCCAAUCCGUCGACCGUUAUAAGAAGAUGAUCGAUGAAAACCCCUCAAAUCCGAAGAAGACUCUGUUCACUAAGCUUUUCGACACCGAGAAAAGCGGCGUGUCUCUGGAUGACAUAAAGAAAGAAGCGCAGGGGUACAUUGUCGCGGGAAGCGAUACGACAGCGGUUACUUUGACCUAUCUCACUUACGCCGUUUGUGGAAAUAGCCAAAUUCGAGACAAGUUGGUUGCCGAAGUGGCAGCAUUGUCUGAGCCAAUUCAUGACAACGACCUUCGGAAUUUGCCGUAUCUUAACAUGGUUAUCAGCGAGACACUUCGUUUGCACACGGCUGUGCCUUUUGGGCUGCCUCGGGCUGUGCCAUCGGAAGGCGCCAAAUUUAAUGGAUACUUCCUCCCGAGUGGAGCGACCGUUUCUACCCAGUCCUACAGUCUUCAUCGUGACCCCACGGUCUUUCCUGACCCUUAUACUUUCAACCCUGAGAGAUGGGAGAAUCCGACCAAGGAGAUGAAGGAUAUUUCCAUGCCAUUCGGUGGUGGAUCACGAAUCUGCAUCGGAUUGCAUCUGGCCCGUAUGGAGCUUCGCUUGGGGACAGCCUUAUUUUUCAGAGAAUUCCCAAAUGCUCAAAGAUCCGACAAAGAAGGAAUGGGCCCUAAGGACAUGGAAAUGCAGUCUUUCCUAUUGAUGGGACCACGGGGACACCGCUGUUUAAUCGAGACGUGA